AUGAGGUUCAACUCGAUCAUCGUCUAUCUCUCGGCCGCCGGAGCCGCCCUGGCCGCGGCCAUCGAGGAACGACAGGCACCGCCAGUUCCUGCUCCCCCAGGCGCCGCUCCCCCGACUCCCAAGGUCAUCCCCGUCGUCGUCGGCAGCCCGACCCGCGAGAAGUCACUGCUCUUCUACCCCGAGAUCGUCAGGGCCAACCCCGGAGACAUCGUCCAGUUCCAGUUCUGGCCCAACAACCACACCGUCACCCAGGCUGCCAACCCCCAGGCUCCGUGCCAGCCCUUGCAGGAUCAAGUGCCCACGGCUGUUCACAGUGGUUUCAUUCCCGGUGUUACCGACGGUUCUCCCGUCGGCACUUUCAACAUGCAGGUUGAGAACACCGAGCCGAUGCUCCUCUACUGCGCCCAGGGCAUGCAUUGCCAGCUCGGCAUGGUCAUGAUCAUCAACCCUAAGGCGGAUGCCGAUGUCCAGACCUACAGGCAAGCUGCCAUGGGUUCUCAGUCCAACGUUCCCGCGAAGAACGUCGCUGGCGGCUCGCAAGGACGUAUCCCCUCCAACCUGGCUGUCCCGCCCGUCAUGUAA